AUGCUGCUGUUUGCCCACCAGACAGAGGAGGAGUUUGCGGAGCGCGCUCAGUCAAUACUUCCUACUCACCUGCGGAGCUCGCCUCUGAUGCUGUCUGCAUCGGAGCUGAGGGAAGCGGCCAGCCAGCUCAACAUCACCAGCAUUGACUACAGAGACCUGGGCUACAUCACCCCUGUGGAGGAUCAGGGUCUGUGUGGCUCUUGCUGGGCCUACAGCGCUACGGGAGCCCUGGAGGCCCAGUGGAAGAAGCGCUCGGGGCGGCUGGUUCCUCUCAGUAGGCAGCAGCUGGUGGACUGCUCCCGGCCCGCAGGGAACAAGGCCUGCAUCGGCGGAAGGCCCAGCCUGGCCUACAAUUACAUCAUCCAGAACGGAGGCGUCCAGGCUGAGGAGACAUACCCCUACGAGAUGAGGGAGGGUGAGUGCAGGGCCAACCUUAGCCUGAACAUCGUCUCAGUGAAGGACUGGAAGUACAUUCCCCCUGGAGACGAGCAGGCUCUUGAGGACGCCAUGGCAACCUCUGGACCCGUCGCCGUGGUUAUCGACACCACUACUCGCAAAUUCCAGUUCUAUCGCAGAGGUGUGUUCUAUGACCCAAAGUGUUCAAUCUGGAAGCAGGCCCAUGCAGUUCUGCUGGUGGGAUUCGGUUCUGAAGGGCGGCAGGAGUACUGGACCAUUAAAAACAGCUGGGGUGUGUACUGGGGAGAGAAAGGCUACAUGAGGCUGGCUAAGAACAGAGAGCGCCACUGCGGGAUCAGCCAGUAUGGGGUUGUUCCCUUCAUUUAACACAGAGAUGGGAUGUAUUCCACGCUUAACAUCAGAAGAUGGCCGCUCUCCUCAGAUGUGGUCACACACUGUAUGUGUGAUGUGCAGUCUCGAUACUGUGUUGUUAUUCCUGCCAGGACAAUAAAACUGAAUAGAAGUCAAAU